AUGCAGACUGCUUCUACAAACAUUUGUGAAAGACUGUGCAAUAAGUCCAUCUGUAAAAUUUCCUUGCUACUAAAUAUUCCACAGUCAACUGUUAGUGGUAUUAUAAUAAAGUGACAAAGUGAAGGAACGGGGAACAACAGCAAUUCAGCCACCAAGUGAUAGGCCACGUAAAAUGACAGAGCGGAGUCAGCGCAUGCUGAAGCACACAGUGCGCAGAAGUCACCAACUGUCCGUAGAGUCAAUAGCUAAAGACCUCCAAACUUCACAUGGCCUUCAGAUUAGCACAACAGUGUGUAGAGAGCUUCAUAGAAUGGGUUUCCAUGGCAGAACAGCUGCAUCCAAGCCUAACAUCACCAAGUGCAAUGCAAAGCAUCGGAUUCAGUGGUGUAAAGCACACCACCACUGGACUCUA